GCGGCACAUUUUGCUGCAGUAUUCACAUAUGAUCCGUACGAUUCCUACGCAGUCUACGCACUCUCGCAUUAUAUAAUGGUGGCUGUGUGAGACCCAUACCUUGCUUCUCCUGGAUCGUCUGCGAGAGACCCAUGAAGAUGUCUGUCGGUAGAAUAAUUACACGUACCUUUUCCACGGCGACUGCUGCACAGCAACUGGUCAAGCCUCCAAUUCAAGUUUUUGGGUUAGAAGGCAGGUAUGCCACAGCUCUUUACUCAGCCGCGUCCAAGCAAAAGGCUUUGGACGCGGUGGAAAAGGAUUUAAACAAUUUUCAGGGUUUCUUAAAGACAGACACUGCGUUGCUAGACUUUAUAAAGAAUCCUUCAAUAAAGCGAAAAGAUAAGGUAGAAGCUUUCAAAGCCAUUGGAAGCAAGGUUAGUAUGAAUCCAGCCACUGGAAAUCUGCUGACGUUGCUCGCGGAGAACGGCCGAUUGACGAAACUCAAUGCGAUCAUUAAUUCGUACAAGCUGAUUAUGGCUGCUAACAGAGGGGAAGUCGUAUGCGAGGUGAUUACCGCGAAUCCACUUGAUACCGACACAAAGUCAAAACUGGAGUCGACGCUGAAGCGUUUAAUGAAGAAAGGUCAAACAAUUUUGCUCACCACCAAAGUGGAUCCCUCCAUCAUUGGUGGUAUGAUAGUGUCGGUAGGUGACAAAUACAUAGACAUGAGUGUCGCUAGCAAAAUUAAAAUGUAUACUGACCUCAUUGAAACCCCAGCGUAAUGAAGCAUAGCUGAUAUGAAGUAAUCUAUUGCAUACUCAUAUAUAUAUAUUCGAGUAUCAUGUAUAUUACCAGCCAGAAAUAAAGCUGUAUAAUCAAGUAAAUCUAUAAAUUGCCUGAUGAUUAUUCUUUAUAUUGUAUGGAUAUGUUGAUAGGAAAAUAUACAUGAGCAUAUGUAGUUCAACUUUAAA